CGGGAAACGGUGUGCUUUCGUUGUGCGCAACGCGCUCGCUCGUUCGCUCGAUCGUCGUGCAUUUUGCGGUGUUUGAACCGGAUCGAACCCCGGUUGUGUUCAAGCGUAUGUGCGUAGAAAGUGCUCAAUAAAACAGUUUACAACGAAUCGAAUAACAGGCUUCAAUAAAAGAUCGCGAAGAAAGUGCCGGAGAAUUGUUAGUGCAUGUGCGCGCGCGCGCGUGUGUGUGUGUAUGUGCCCGUGAGUAGUGAGCUGUUGGGUGGAUUUUCGGGCGCGACGUGAAAAACGCCGAAAAUUAGCCACCAAAAAUUAUCGAGCUCCCGGGAUUGCCUUUUAUUGGCUGUCGAUCUGCCGUGAGGAUUUGCCGCGGUGAAAGAAAACCGGGCGGAAAAAAGCAAUAAAAAGGAGAAAAAAAAACGCAUUUAAGUAACCUGUGCGCAGUUGGUGAACGACCGAGAGUGAAAAGGAAAGAAAGUAAAAAAAAAUAGAUAAUGAAUGUCGUGUGAGUUUGAUAGUUUCGGCGCCAGUUGAAAAGGAAAGGAAUUGUGUGUGAAUUCGCAAUCCUGCAGGAAAGUGAAGUUGUUAUUGCCAAUUUGUGUAAUAGAUCGUUCCGUCGUUGAAACAUCACGCAGCCUGACGCCUCCUUGGAAGGUGUAUUGGAACCUGCAGCUCGGGGAUUAUGCCCACCGGUGGUGUCGCGCUUUCGCUGCAACUAAAAACGUUCGUCAGAGAAUGCAAUCCUUGCGCUAGUGGAGUGCGCGUGUUGUGGCGUAUAACGGGCUUGGACCUUUGGACGCCCCAUCGUACGGUUUAGCAGGUGUUCCGGUUUGUUUGUGCGUGUGUUUGAGAGUUCCAAACGUGCUCGAUUGGCCCGAUUGGCAAUCGGAGUGGACCGGAGCGCCAGAACCAACAAGCGGCAUCCCGCAGCUCGGUGAAAUCGAGAGUGGAAGAUGGAUAAGUAUGUAACCGUGGUGUCGGUGGAUGAUCAACUUCUGACCGCCGUCAACACGCGUCGUACCAACGGGGCAGGAACCCUCGAACAACACACCGUCGAGCUGAUCAGCAACAUGAAUGCAACCGCGAAGCAACAACACGUCGGAUCCGGCACGAUGGAUGAGUCGCAGGACGACUCCCAGUUCGUGACGGUGCUGUCAAUCAACCACGGUGGAGAUGGCGGACGAACGUCAGAAGGGCAACAGAACGCACCGGAAGUGGUGCUGGUGUACCGGUUGCCAGGCGAGCGGCUUGGUUUCGGGCUCAAGUUCCAGGGUGGCACGAAAAGCAACGAAAAAAUCCAGCGCCUGUUCAUACAAUCGUGCGCGGAAAACAGUCCUGCGUCGCGAGUCCAGGCCAGCUGGGGUCACCUGCGUGAGGGUGAUGAAAUCCUUGAAAUCGAUGGUGUAAACGUGAGCCGGAUGACACGGAUCGAGUGCGUCAAGUGUCUGAAGGACAGCACCGUCGCCAUCAAGCUGCUGGUGCGCAAUGGCGAGGGAAAAGUACAGAAUUUCUACGGUGAAUCCGGAACCGGUGCGGAACUACCAGAACGGAAAGGUGCACCACCACCACCGCCACCGGUUCCACCGAGGAAGCUAAACAAACGCAAGCAGACAACCAAACACGGUUCCGGAGUGUUCCCGCCAACGGUCGCACCCGUGGAAUCGUACGUACCACCACCGGAUCCGGAGACGUACAGCAAUCUGUUCGCGGACGACAUCAGCGAUCUAAUCUCGGAGUCAGACGACACAGCCAGCACCAUCUCGACGGUGGUGGAUAAGUUCUCGAUCUGUUCGAGCUUGUCGUCGGAGGACUACACAAUCCCGUCACACGGUGGACCAGCCGGUAUUGGCCCGAGUGCCGAACUGGCGAAGGCACUGAAACCAUUCACGCUGCUCGAGCAGGAGUUCAAUCUCGAGAGCAAGUUCGAAACAACCAACUUGUUCACCUUCAAGCCGCCACCGUCGUCGUCGGUGUCGAACGUUGUCCAGCUUGAGGUACCGGCGGCGGAAAAACCAUCCACCCCUGGUGGCCUCGCAGGUCCGGCGGGCGAGUACGAAAAUGUCACCAUCAUGAAGGUGGACGAAAAUCGCAAUUACGAGAACGUGGCCGUACCGUACGGUCCGUACGAGAAUGUCACCAUCCAGACGGUGCAACCGUACGAGAACAUGGUGCUGAGCAGUAGGUCAGCUAACCCGAGCGGAGUGUACGAGAAUGUAGACGUAAAGACGCCGGUUCCACCUCGUCCCCUGCCACGGCAGGGCGCUGUGGUGGAACCGAAGAAACGCGCUCCGAUACCGGUUCCGAUUCCGAUCGUCGUACCACCGCCCCGGUUGAAACCAACGAAGCAGGUGACCGGUGAUCCGCAACCGCCGGUGGAAGAUGCGAUCGUAUCUGCGGCACCGCCAGUAGUUACCGCCCCACUCGGGGGUGAGUUCAACACGAUCCAAAACUGGCUGCAGGAAGCGACCGAGGUGAUCCACGAGUGUGCUCUCACGACGGUGGAGAACGGUGGGGAAGAAGCUGGUGUGGCUUCCGAGGAGGUGAAAGUGGCCGAGGCAAAACAUCAGCCACCACCGGCACCGCCACCACAGUCUGGGGAUCUUCCGCGGUUGAUCGAUUUUCACCCGAAAGUGUCGGUUCCGUUGAAGGCGCUGGAAGAAAUGGAAGCCAUUGCACCGCCCGCAUCACCAGUGGCCGCUGUCUCGAUGGUUGGCGGGAGGUUCGACGAGGAACAGGGUGUCUCCGACGAUCCGGAGGACACUAUCGAAGCGUUGAUGGGAAGUGGGAGUCGGUUUGAGUUGCCGCCUCCGGAAGCCGUCGUGCGGAAGUGUAUUAAAAUUUUGUCCAGCGAGGAUCACACGUACAUUGAGAGUAGCUCGAGCGAUGAGGACGACGACAAGAUGUACAGGCGCGGCCGGUCGGAGGAUGAGGAUGAUCGGAGCAGCUUGCUUUCUCGAGAUGCGACCACACCGGAACAGUUCCUGAGUGGUGAUGGCUUCAGUGAUGAGGAUGGGGAAAAGCUCGGUCCACCGGAGAUUGUUUCCGGAGGUCCUUCGGAGGCGUACUUUAAUUUCCCAUGGACCUCGAACUUGUUGCCACCGAUCGGUGAGGUUGAGGAGGAGUUCUCUUCGCUGGAGCACCAACAUAACGGCCCGAUAGUUAUUAUCAACACGGCCGACGAAACCGUUAUCAACGACACGAACAACAACCAACAGCGGGAGAAAAAGAAACCGAUCGAUGAUGAAUUCACCAAACGGGCACACGUGGCUGUACCGUCAACGAAAAUAGUCAUCAAAGCCAACGCCGGGCAGCUGUUUGAAGCUACAGGGCUUUCGAGUUCUGUAUCACAAUCCAUUGAAAUGCCGAUCGGUUCAAACGAGCACCAGAUCAUCGACGAUCAGGAAGAUGAUGCAGUAGAUUCGGAUGAUUCGCUCGAGCGCGAAGAUGUUGUUCGUCGGCCGGUUAGCCUGCUGCCAACAAGGGUGCAAGAAUCCAGACAAUCAGAGACGAUGCCUGUGGACAAUGUAAACAACAACCCUGCUGAUAAGGUAGAUGCGAUUCUGGCCAGCGGAGAGUCUCCGAUGGGCAUCACCUGCCCGGACGGUGCCAGUGUAGCCGAUAGCACGCAGCCAGCAGACGUUCCACGGCAGGAGCAGGAAGUGCACGAAGUUCCGGCAACGAUCGAGCACAGCCCAACGAUGAGUGAUAGUGGCGAAAGUGUGGCGAAAGUGAGUGACCGCACCGCGGACGGGGAACUUGCAAAAGCGAGCGAAACGAUCGAGGAUGGUGGCGAACUGGACGAUAGCAAUAUCGAUGCGAUCUGUGGUGAUGUAGACAUCGUCGUAGGCGAUACCGUUGAGAGUGACUUCGAGGAACUGGUCAAAGCGCAAGUCGAACCGAUCGACGUCGAGGACAGUUCGGAGCAGAUACAACAGAUUCAUGAGCGAAUCAUUGUUGGCAUUGAGCGCGCUGUUAGUGAUGUUAGUGAUGGUGAGGUGCUGCUAACGGGUGACGAGCUGACACCCAAACCGAUGGCCAAGGAUGAUGAUGCGCCACCGGCGGAGGUUCCGGUAGACGCGUGUGUCGAGAGUGACCUCACCGUCGAAACGGUAACCUUCCCGGAAGUGCCGGCCGCAUCCGUUCCGGAACAUCAGGAGCUAGCUGACGACGGGAAGAAGAAAUCGAUCGAUAUGGAGGAAAAGCUGAUUGCAAAUCACACAACAGAACAAGGUAUGUCGCCCAAGAUUGAUUAA